GCUCCUGUCCUGCAGUGUCUUGAUCAAGAAAAUGGAACCUCUCCCAGGAUGGGGGUCGUCACCCUGGAGCCAGGCCCCUACAGACAACAUCUUCAGGCUGGUGCUGUGUGUCUUCCUUUUGAACUUGCUGCAGCGCAUCUCCGCCCAGCCCUUGUGCAGACAGAAGGAGUUCUCUGUGGGGGAUGAGUGCUGCCCCAUGUGCAACCCAGGUUACCACGUGAAGCAGGCCUGCAGUGAGGACACAGGCACAGUGUGUGCCCCCUGUCCUCCACAGACAUAUACCGCCCAUCCAAAUGGCCUGAGCAAGUGUCUGCCCUGUGGAGUCUGUGAUCCAGACAUGGGCCUGCUGACCUGGCAAGAGUGCUCCAGCAGGAACGACACUGUGUGCAGAUGCAUCCCAGGCCACUUCUGUGAGACGCAGAAUGGGGAGCACUGUUCCACAUGCUUGCCACACACGGCCUGCCUUCCAGGACAGAGGGUACAGAAGAGAGGUACUUACAGACAGGACACUGUGUGUGCUGACUGCCUAACAGGGACCUUCUCACUUGGAGGGACUCAGGAGGAAUGCCUGCCCUGGACCAAGUGCAGUGCACUUCAACAGGAAGUAACACGUGGGACCAGCAGCACAGACACCACCUGCUCCUCCUGGGUCUUCUUGUCCAUCCUUCUGGGACUUGUGAUAGUGGGAAUUGGGAUAGCUGCAUUUCUCAUUUAUAAGCGAAGACACCUGCAUUCCAGCCCAGUGGCCAGGGAGCUGGAGCCUUUCCAGCAGGAGCAACAGGAGAACACUAUCAGGUUUCCAGUCACCGAAGUUGGGCUUGCUGUGACCGAGGACGAGACAGCCUCCAACUGCACGAAUCCUGGGUGACAAGACACCUAGGAGACCUAGGUGGGAAGCUUCCAUAUGUCAGGCAUGGCAGAUGCCCUGGGCUGCUUCAGCGUCACACAGCAGUGGAGAUGUGCUCAUGGCUCAGGGUCUAGGAGUUGCUUUGCCAUUCUUAGUGUUAAAUGGGGUCAUCUGCUUCCAUCCCAACACUAAGAGGUGGUGAUCCAAAGUCUGGAUCAAUGACAGCUACCACUGCCCCUAUGUCUUACUUCCCGGCUUUUCCAGUCAGCCCAUAGUAGCUCUAUCUAAACCUUAGGCCUCUGUCCUGGAAAUGUUAAGCCUAGGCCUGCUUAUCCAGAGGGCUGGAGAACACUGCCUCCUGGGGCCAGGGUGCAUGUGAUGAGACAGGAAUAUGACAUUAGUGGGUUUUAUUUUGAAGUUUCUGGGGCUGAAAUCUAGCCCAUACCAGGCAAGUGCUUUAUUCCUGAGUUAUGUUCUCAAGACUCUGUUUUUACUUUGAGGCAAAAUCAUACGAAAUUGUCUGGGUCAACUUUGGACUCCUUCUGUAUCUUGGGAAAGCCUUAAACUUGGCUCUUCUAUUUCCGCUUCCCAAAUAGCACUGUGAUUACCUGCGUGGUCCUCCAGACUGGGUGGGCCAAUACUCUCUAUUCUUCUCCUCUGUGUGUGUGUGUGUAUGUGCGUGUAUGUGCGU